ACAAUGUCCGUCUUCAAUAGCUCUUCCCUGUACCCUCGCUUCCUCUUGACAGGUUUCUCUGGCCUUGAGAGCAGAUAUGGCUUGAUUUCCCUCCCCAUCUUCUUGAUUUAUGUCACCUCAAUUGCAGGAAACAUUACUAUUCUCUUUAUCAUCAAAUCUGAGCCUUCCCUUCACCAACCAAUGUAUUAUUUUUUAUCAAUGCUGGCACUUACUGACCUGGGCCUAUCCACUACAACCUUGCCUACCAUGUUCAGCGUCUUCUGGUUCCAUGCCCGGGAGAUCUCCUUCAAUACUUGCCUCAUUCAGAUGUACUUCAUUCAUGUUUUCUCAAUUAUUGAGUCGGCUGUGCUGUUGGCUAUGGCCUUUGACCGCUUUGUAGCAAUCCGAGAGCCCCUGCGCUAUGCAGCCAUUUUAACCAAUGGUGUAAUCAUUGGGAUUGGCUUGGCUAUUGCUGGAAGAGCUUUGGCUCUAGUCUUUCCAGCUUCCUUCCUCCUAAAGAGACUUCAAUAUCGUGCUAUCAAUAUUCUCUCCUACCCUUUCUGCUUGCAUCAGGAUCUCAUAAAGACUACUGUAUCCAGCCGUCGGGUCAGCAGCAUCUAUGGCCUCAUGGUGGUUAUCUUCUCUAUGGGACUUGACUCAGUGCUCCUCCUUCUCUCAUAUAUCCUCAUCCUUGUCACAGUGUUGAGUAUAGCCUCUAAGACAGAGAGGGUGAGAGCACUCAAUACCUGUAUUUCCCACAUCUGUGCAGUGCUCACAUUCUAUACACCCAUGAUUGGGCUCUCUAUGAUCCGUCGUUAUGGGCAAAAUGCAUCCCCCAUUGUCCACGUGCUCAUGGCCAAUGUUUACUUGCUGGUUCCACCCUUCAUGAACCCCAUUGUCUACAGUGUCAAGACCAAGCAGAUUCAUGACAGAAUCCUUAAGAAAUUCAAGCAACAGAAAAUUUAG